UCCCCCGUGCAGCCCAACACCAUGCUCAAGCGGCUCGCGCGCACAAAGCAGCCCUCCUCGCCAUGGAUCUGCCAGCGCUGUCUGCACCAGUCGCAGCGCCAGCGACGCUUCAACUCGACCUUUGCUGCCGCUGCAAAGCCACGCGACCUUCCGCCGCCGCCGCCGCCCGCCGCCCUCUAUGGCCUGUCUGCCGGCGGCAAGACGGAUGACGACGCCCUGCGCAAGGUCUUCGAUAACGCCUCCUUCUGGGAUGCCUUCAAACGCACGUCGCAAAAGGACCAGCCCGCUGGCAUCAUAGGCAACAAGUACCUCACGCACCCGGAAGGCUUCGUCGACUUUGUUACCGUCACCAUACAGCGCUGCAAUGCCGUCGUGCAAAAGGUGGCAGCCGCGCAGUCGGUCGACGACUACAAGAACAUGGUCAAGGAUCUCGACAAGCUCAGCGACCUGCUCUGUCGUGUCAUCGACCUUGCCGACUUUGUACGGGGCACGCACCCGGAUCGCAAGUUCCAGGUCAUGGCAGUCAAGGCAUACUCGACCGUCUUCCAGUAUAUGAACCAGCUCAACACCACACCCGUGCUGUACGACCAGCUGAAAAAGGGCUCCGAAAUGCCGGAAGUGUACGAGGCUUGGACCGAGGAAGAGCGCAUCGUUGCGCGGAUACUCAUGGAAGACUUUGCAAGAUUCGGCAUUGGGCUGGACGACAAGACGCGGGAAAGACUAGUAGACCUGAGUGGAGAGAUUGCCGAAGUCGGCAACCAGUUUGUCGAAGGCAUGGCGCCCGAGACACUGACGCUGAGGUUCAAGGCCACCAAGCUGAGAGGGCUGGACCCGAAUCUAGCACAGGCUCUAACCAAGUGGGGAGAAACCAAGAUUUCGACCAUGCACCAGGAGGCGCAAUCUGUACUUCGCUAUGUCGACGACGCGGAAGUACGCAGACAGACAUACCAGGCAGUGCGCACAGCAAGUAAGCCGAGCAUCGCGCGAUUGGAGAAGAUGCUCAGGCUACGUGCCGAACUGGCCCAGACAUCAGGCUACGAGACAUUUGCGCACAUGACACUUGAGAAUAAAAUGGCACGCACACCAGAGGCCGUCAAUACGUUUUUGAAUGCUCUAUACGAGGAUAGCCGUCCUGCCGUGCUCGCUGAUCUAGAGGAACUCACAGAGCUCAAGAGGGGAGAUGCCCACCGAUCAAACUUUCCAGAUCGCAUCAAUGCCUGGGACAAAUUCUACUACACGCAAAAGAUGCUUGCCACAAUGGAGGGUCACUACAAGCAGCGCACUCCAGACUCCCUGUCUGCGUACUUUUCCGUGGGCACCGUCCUCCAGGGCAUAUCUCGUCUUUUUGACCGCCUCUACGGCGUGCGUUUUGUACCCAAAGAGACACAACCUGGCGAGGUAUGGGAUGAGGGCGUGCGCCGUCUCGACGUUAUAUCGGAUACAGAAGGACAUAUUGCGGUGCUUUACUGUGAUCUGUACUCUCGAAUGGGCAAGACGCCCAAUCCGGCCCAUUUCACCCUGCGGUGUAGUCGCGAGAUUCUGCCUUCAGAAUUGGAAGAAAUGGCGCACAUGCAACACCGUUUCUCAUCGCCUAUCGAAGCAGCAACGGACGGCAUGCCGGUAACUUACAAUGCCGAACGCCAGAGUUACUUUCAGCUGCCUACAAUCGCUUUGAUCUGCGACUUUAGCAAAGCAUCUUACCCAAAGCCCACCCUUUUGAACAUUCAUGAUGUACGCACUCUCUUCCACGAAAUGGGCCACGCCCUUCAUUCCAUUCUCGGUCGCACAGCUCUGCAAAACGUCUCUGGUACUCGCUGCGCCACCGACAUUGCCGAGCUGCCCUCUGUCCUCAUGGAACACUUUGCCUUUUGUCCACAUGUCCUCUCUCUGUACGCCCGCCACUGGGAAACAGACGCCCCAGUCCCGAUGGCGGCUCUCGAAUCACGCCUCGCAAUUGACAACCGCAACCAAUACGCCGAACUCGAAUCGCAAAUUCUACUCUGCAUGCUGGACCAGGUCUACCACUCUCGCAUCGCGGCAGACCCAGACUUCAAUUCCACAAAGGUCUACCACGAUGUGUACAACAGGUACUCAUCAGUUCCUGAGCCUGCCGGCACAGCAUGGCAAGGCUUCUUUGGCCACUUGUAUGGCUACGGUGCCACGUACUAUUCUUACCUGUUUGACCGCGCGCUGGCCGCCAAGAUCUGGAAGGAUGUUUUCCAGCACAACGGCCAGCAAGGCAGUCUGGACCGAGAGAACGGCGAGCUGUACAAGAACGAGGUGCUCAAGUGGGGCGGCGGAAGAGACGGCUGGCAGUGUCUAGCCGGCGUGCUCAAAGACGACAAGCUAGCCCAGGGCGGCGAGCAGGCCAUGCAGGAAGUGGGUAAAUGGGGUAUCAAAGACGCUGGCAGAUGAGACUGUACACAUAGGCUUUUCUUAGAAGCGGAGAAUUGUCGAUGUACAUAU